AUGAAACAAUUUGAUAUUUUAACCAGAGAAAUUCGCAGUCGACGAGAAGAAGACGAAUUUGCUGAAGAUGAUCUUAGACAAUUUCAAGAAAAGAUUAAUAAAUUACAGCAAUCGUUCGAACGACUCAAUCGACCAAACAAUAUUAAUGUAAUAACGUCCCAAAUUGGUCAAGUCGAUUGGAAUCGUCUUAUCAGUGUUGAAAAACAACAAGAAAGAGCUCUUCUACGUUCAUCUCACAUUGAUAUUGGUGCGACAUGGAGUCCAAAUGGAAUUACUAUAGCUGGAGGCAGUGAACAAGGAAAUAGAUUAAAUCAACUCAACAGUCCACAAGGAAUAUGUGUUGACAAUGAAGAUCAAGGCAUUUAUAUUGCUGAUUGGUUCAAUCAUCGUAUUAUGAAAUGGAAAUUUGAUGCGACGAGUGGAGAAAUAGUUGCUGGUGGUAAUGGUGCAGGAAAUAGAAUGGAUCAAUUAAAUAAUCCAUUAGAUGUGAUAAUCGAUAAAGAGACAGACAGUCUCAUCAUCUGUGAUUCUGGUAAUCAACGAGUAGUGCAAUGGCCUCGUCGACAUACUUCUAGAGGACAAGCAAUCAUUUUUAAUAUUGAUUGUCGAGGUUUAGCAAUGGAUGAUAACAGAUUUCUCUACGUCUCGGACUACAACAAGGGUGAAGUUCAACGAUGGCGUAUAGGAGACUCUAAAGGAAUAGUAGUUGCAGGCGGAAAUGGAAAAGGUAAUUCCCUUAAUCAGCUUAAUGGCCCUCAGUAUGUAUUUGUUGAUCAAGAUCAUUCAGUGUAUGUAUCAGAUAUGAAUAAUUAUCGCAUAAUGAAAUGGGUGCAGGAUGCAAAUGAAGGCAUAAUUGUAGCUGGUGGUCAAGGCAAAGGAAAUAAUCUUUCACAAUUAUCAUCUCCUUAUGGAGUUAUUGUCGAUCCAUUGGGCACUAUUUAUGUUGCAGACUGUGGUAAUCAUCAAAUAGUACGUUGGCCUAAUGGAGGUAAAGAAGGCAGUAUUGUUGUUGGCGGAAACGGUUGUGGGAAUAAGCCAAAUCAACUAAAUUAUCCCGUAGGUUUUUCAUUCGAUCAAUAUGGUAAUCUCUAUGUUUCCGAUAAUGGUAAUAGUCGAAUAGUACGAUUCAAUAUCAAUUCGAAUUCGCGUUGA